UCGCGGAUUAUUUGCAACGAAAGGACGAAAUUAAACCAAAACCUGAUAGCACGGACAUUAACCCGCACUUUGAUACUAAAACCACUUUGAUCGGUUCAGAUUGAACCGCCAAGGUUUGAAUCCGCGCGGGUUGUUAGGUGCAAGGAAGUAAGACGUAUUGCAUACCCAAAAUUUGUUCGGAGCUCCCACAUGAAAAAUUCGUCGGCACUUCGAGUAGUACCGUCAGCACUCGUUGUUCGUCGGUAGAGCGCCACCGUCGCUUUGUCCUCUCAUUUAUGUUGUUUUUUUAGGUUAGGUAAUUUCAAUGUGUCGUGGUGUUGAAUUUUUCUUUUCACACGUUUUCGUCAAUCCAAAGCUGAGUCCGCUUUGGAAACGCUAAUUUUGAAAGAAUGUGUCUCACUUGUUUUCUAUUCCACAUGUCUAAGAAGAAACAGUAGUGAUGCAGCAGAAAUUGCUUCACUGACUGUUGAUCAAUUGUGUCAACAUUGGUUUUGGUGCUGAAGUCAAGGGCAGUUAUUGUCUUUAUUAGAUUGUUUCUUAUCAGUGUCAAGUGUGGUGACGUUCGUAAAACUCUUCUUUAUCUUUUUAUCCAACGUUUUAUCAGUUUUUAAGCACAAAUUUUUAUGGAAGAGACUUCUACAUGCUUCAUUCAAAGUCUGAGAUGAUUUUCAGAUGCAUCUCAACAGAUUUCAAGCAGUAAAGGAAUUCAACGCAUGAUGCCAAACCCUAGGCUUUCUCAAACUUUUUUACUAGUAUGAUGAGAAUUAUAGUCACAUUUUUCAAAGCCAAUAUUUAGCAAUUUGCUUCAGAUGGCUUUCCUAGCUCGAUUGAAUGUUCUGCUAUCGGAGCCGCUGACACUUCCUGUAGAUACUUUCAAAAGUGGGCUUUGUAUAAAACUCUUUUCAUCUUUCUCAGCCGAUGGUUUUCUCAAAGAGGAAAGCAAAAAGGCAUGUGUCGAUCGGUUCCAGAAAAUUAGUCAUGUAUUCCCAAGACCCCCGGCAGAUAAACCUUUGCAAAAAGCAGCUGUGCUGGUACCAAUCUGUCGACUAGAAGACGAAUUAGCAUUAUUGUAUACGUUACGUGCAAUUGGUGUGAACCGUCAUCGAGGUCAAGUCUCGUUUCCAGGUGGCAUGUUUGACGAAUCGGAUCAUAGUCUGGAACAAACAGCUGUAAGGGAAACAAAUGAAGAACUAGGAAUAAGAAAAGAUCAAAUUGAAAUUUGGGGGAAAGGCAACACUUUUGAUGUGCGGGGAAUAGAGGUAACUCCUGUAUUAGGUUAUGUAGGUGCUGUUGACUUAGAUAAAUUAAGUAUUAAUAAGUCAGAAGUUGAGUUAGCAUUUCUGGUCUCCGUCAGGCAUUUGUGUGAUCCAGUGAAUUUUCGAUACACCCAGUUUAAAGAUGGAUAUAGCUCGCCAGUGUACCUCAAAGCAAAGUGUCGGAUAUGGGGAAUCACAGGAGUGAUAACACACUUUUUUCUCAAAGCCCUUUGCCCUGAGCAGUACAAAAAUUCACUUUAUUUUCUGAAACCAAUUCAGAGAUGAUAUAAACUCUCUCGAAUACUUGUGAGGUUGUCAUUGUCCUCUUCAAUGUUCACAUAAGUUAUUCAAGUCAUUAAAUUGUUACAUUUUUACUAUGAAAUCAGUCUGAGUUUCUAAUUGUAAAUGAACAAAAAUUGCACUUCAUUAGACAUAUUAUUUUUGAAUUAAUGCCCUUGUCUUGUCACUUUUAAUUUGAUCAUUUAUUUAUUCUUUUUCAUGCAUCCCGGUUUCUUGUGAAAAAAAUUGAAUUUCCUUGACUCGAUCGAUGUAUACAUAAUGAGUCUUUGCUCCCUCUGGUAACUUAUUGUUUGAGGCAACCUAAGUUUCAUGAUGAAGGAAAUUUAGGCCUAAGAUAGUCGAAUAUCAACAGGACACUUUCCACAAAUUUCUUCUAAUUCCAUGACAUCAAUUAUUCUUUUUAAAUUUGUAUUUUUAUUUUUAGAGCCCAUACUUAAACAGGUCUUCUGUAGAGGACGUCGAUGGCAAGAAAGUGAGGUCUUUCUAUUUUUUCUUCCAGUUACUUUGCACUAAAGUACCUGCUUCUUUGACCUAGCUCCUAUUGUAGCUGUUCUGUUAUUUAUAACUUUUGACUUGUUCUUUGGCAUUGAAGCUUGCCGACGUUUAUUGAACUUUUUUUCUUGUCAUGUUACUGUAGAUAAUUAAUUUAUCAUAUUUUCAUCAACUGACAAGGGAAACCAUAGUUCUCCUUUUUUUUUGGUUGAACUUAGUACCUUCAUAACUCUUAAUUUAAUUAGCUCAAUUUCAUGUGAUCUAGGCAAUAUUUUCUUUCCCCUCUGUAUGUUUAGUUUAUCCUGUGAUCAAAUUUUCUUUCUCGGCUGAACUUGCGACUGUAGAAUUUAAUAAUGCCAGUGCAGCAACUUUGCUGUUUGUACCCAAUGCUCCAGUCUGUCGAGAAUUUUGAUUCCUUGAAGAGACUCAACUUCUCCCUUGUUGUCAAUAACAUAAAUUGUACCGACACAUUGAUCCCUUUCUUGCAAAGGUUAAUUUAUUUUUUCUUCUAUUCUGCCACUAAAUAAGGUAGUAUUUACCCAGUUACUGUUUUAUUUCAGAGCCAGAAGCAAUCUCUAUGCAAUUCGACAAGCAUUGAAAAUGAGUAAAAUCCUCCACCUUUAUGCAUGGGAGCCAAAUGGUGCUUCUGAAAACGAUUUUUCUGUAGCAGUCCUUUAAGCCUCUAACAACAGUUCCCAACAAAAACUUUUAAAAAAUUGAGUCGCAAAUUCUGUUGAUAAAGAGAAACCCAUUCAAAUAAUUUGAAUUUCUCUCAGAGCAGAAGAACUUAGUACUGUAUGUAGUUACCUAUUUUGUACUAGACCAGUUGAUCAAAGUAUUGUUAUGUUGCUUAAAUCUUUUACGCGAUAACAUGAUUUUAAAUGAUUGAUCCAAGAGGAAAGAAUGGAGUUUAUACUUCCACCAGAGAGCCGAACUCUGCAUCAUGUCAUGCAAAAUGUUGCAUACACACCAUUUAGCCAAACAGAUGUUUCACCAAGUGUAAUUUUUACUUCAUAUUCUUACGUCAUCUGAAAGGUUGUACCUGCUAAAGUGUCGAAAGAGCAACUUUCUAUUCACAAAAGAAUAUUAAGUUGGCUACGUAUUAUCUACCUUCAUUUUGCGGUAAGGCUCAAACAUAAAGUCACUAAUAACCUGGCCUCUGUGUGACGAAAUGUAAGUCAAAUGUAUCACUAAAAAGUUUUGUUCUUUCUGUAAAUUCUCUGUGUACUGCUAAAUGACGCCCGUUUAUUACUAACGUCACAGAAAUCAGGACUUAAUAACUUGAAUUUUUGCAAACAACUUGUGACGGAAUUUCGUUUUAAGUUACCAUUAUUUGUGAUAUGUACAGAAGUUCGUCAGAAUGUGCCAGAUAUAAGAUGUCAGAAUGCUUUGAAUUAAUAGUGAAAAAGAUGGAGCCCUUUGAUAGCACACAAAAUGUCAUCAUUUUUGAUGUGAUGCAGUAACCAAGCAUUUGUAAUUAAAUCAUUUGUUUUUAAAAUCUUCUGCUUUCUCUCCCUCUUACCAGGGGCGCAGAAAUGAAAGGAACUUUAAGUUUCAUCCUGAAAUUUGCAUUUCAAAUGGCCAAAAAUUAAAGUGGCUUUAUGAAGGCUUAAUUUUUCCUUCAGAAUUUUUCAAAUUUUGCUUGAUUUUCUGAAGUUUACAGAAGUCUCUCUGCAACCAAGUUCUCACAUUUUGCACCCCUAGUUGAAACAAAUUAAUACUGAAAGCUCAAUUAAAAAAAUGUAUUCGCACUGAUGAUAUUAAUGGAAUUUUGAAAUUUGCAUGAGCUCUCAUGAGUUACCCGAAUGUUACUUUAAUUAUGAAAUGUCCUAAAUUCUGUCACUAUUUCUGUCCAAUAUCCUCUUUUUUCUCUGUAUAUAGUAAAUCUUCCUCUUAUGGAUUCCUCUUGCUCUGAAAGAUCAUGUAAUAAAUACUAUGAAUAUGUGUUUUUGUUUGAUAAUUAGGAAGAUAUAGAGUGUGCGACAAUUAACGUUCAGCUUCUCUUGUGUCAUGAUCAUCAUACGCGGAAAAGUUGGAAGUUGUUUUUGCUGGGUCAACUGCACCUCAUAUCAGGCUAUAAUGUAUCUUUAAGCGAGUGGAAAAGUCAAGUUUUCUCUGAAUAAGAUGAGUUUUGUCUGCAUGUGUUUACCAAGCUGUGUUCUGCACAGUAUGAUUUUAAAUUAUUUGAUGUUGAAUAUUUUAUUGAAUACCCUUGCCUCAAAGCACUUGCACCGUAGCAAAUUUGAAGCUUUAACUGUGUAAAUAGUGCUUCAAAACAUUGAAAUGUCUCACAGAGAAGCAGGCGUUCAUAAGACUACUAGGCAGUGGCCCUUAAAAUAGCAUACCAAAAACAAGAAAGAAAAGACUGUUUUGAGACUGAAUGAUUCCAUUUUAUUCAAAAUCAAUGCUUCAAUAGUUCAAGGUAAAAGUAACAUUUCUAUUUCUGCAGAUUCAUAGUUUAUAUCCAUUGGGUUCACUCAUUUGUUUUCCGUGAACAUCCCUCAAUAGGGUUGUGAGGUAUUCCAUCCGUUGUCAAUAAGUUAAGAAUAAUGUACCCUCUCUUGCAUCAUUUCUUACUGCCACUUGAAUAAUCAAGUAGUUUCAGUUUACCACUUUAAGAAUAAGUACAGUUUUUUUGAGGGAGCACCUCUUAAAAUCUGAACCUAAAGGCUAUGAAAAACGUUACAUUUCCAUUAACUUUUCAGCGGACCUAGGCACUUGCUGAAAACUUAAACAACUUAAUUACUGCCAUGUACCUCGGCCUUGGCGUGGGCCUCUUGUUGUUGACUUUUAUUCUUUAGUCAAUUCUGACAAAUUCCCAGAAAUUAUAGUUGUUAUUUGAAAAUCAAAAUUUAUGACACUAUCCAGCUAAUAAAGAAAAAAAUGUAAACAUGUAACAUGUAGUAUAUUUCUCCAAUCCUAAAACCUAUAAAUGAUAGUAGCAUACUAGGGCACCCGAGGACUCUUAAUUUUUAAGAGUAAAUGCAGUAAACCUAGGAGAGCAAAAUGUAAGACAUAUUGCGUGAGCAAGUUCCUUGUUAGCUGGGAGAAGAUGAAGAAUUGAGGAACAAAGGAUAUUGAAAAUAAACAUACAUCAUCUGUGUGUGCUCCUCUUUUUAUGUAACUAAGAAAUCACCUAUAUCAGGAUACAAUGCACUCAAAAGUCUGUCAGUGGCAAAGAAAGCUCAUCAAGUGAAUUGUUUUUUUGUUUUUUUGUUUUUUUUUCGUGCCGAAUACAACUCAGUUGUAAUGAUUUUUUUUCAGAGAAAGUAGUUCUUCAAGACCUCUUGAAUCUUCUAUGCUUUUUAUUUUGUUUCCUCAAUAAUUUUCUUCAUUUUAAAUUGAAGAGAUUGGCAAGAAUUUUGUUUGUUCGUAAGACGACCCAACUUCGAGGUUUCAAAAGUUUAUAUUUUAAUAUCAAAAGAUCAAAAUUUCUAGCGAAGGGGCUCAUGUUGAGAACUGAGCACUGUGUCAACUUGAACAUUUUGCUUUCAACUGUACGAGAUUUAUGUGAAAAACAUACUUUGAAAUCCUCUAUUCCGAUCUCUGCAAGUCAUGAUUCUGGAUUAAUCCAGAAAUAUUACCAGGAGAUCAGUAUAUAAGUAAUAUGUACCCAAGUAUUUUCCAUUUACCGAAGAUAUUGGCUGAAUUUAGCGUUUUUUCUAACGUUUCCUGGAAUUUUUUUUUCUUGGUGUUGAAUUUAAAGAAGAGCGACUUGUGAGAUGUUCACUGUCGCCGUGAACCAAGACAAAAUCCAUCCCCAGGGGGUCCUAGAUAUUAUCAUUAUCAGCUUCCACGAAUACUUUAUUUAAUAUUACCCAUGAUAAUUUAACAUGCCCCAGAUUGUUUGCGGAAACUCUUUCCAUGUUCAUACCCUUUACAAUUUGUUCAGAUGUGAACUUCAUGGAAAGUUCAUGAAGAAACUGUGAUGGACUGUGUUUAAAAUCGUAUUUUUUUAUUAUAUUUUUGUAUUUAUUUAGUAAUUUUACCAUUGUGUCAAUCAUCUGCUCAUUUUGAUUCCAACUGACCUUUGCUGUUGCUUUUAUUUAAAUAAAAAAUUCAAAAUAUGUUCCCCUCAA